AUGCGGUGCCGGUUCCGGCAUCCGUCGCGACCGAUGGCGCCGUCGUCAUCGAGGUACAGCUCGAGCUACCAGGCUUCGUCGGAGCGACCUGCUGGUAUGGAGAUGGGCGGAGGUGAAGGGGAUCCUGGGGAGACGCCGUGUGUGUACGAGAUGCAGGACUCGGGAUGCAUGCGCGGUGUGCUCUGCCCGUUUGUGCACGGGGCGGCGGCCCGGGCACUGAGGGCGCAGCAGAAGCGGACGCAGCCUGGGAGCAGCGUGGCGGUGUGCAUGUAUGAGAACUCGCCGGGCGGGUGCCGCAACGGCGAUGCGUGCACGUUCAGGCAUGUGGGUCGGAAGCCGGCGGCUGCGCCGGCGCCGAUGGAGGAGGCACGGCCGCGGAUGAAUGGGACCGACGCGCGCGAGCUGCUCAAGCGCAAACGGCCGUCGCUUGCGGCGCGACUCGGCCCGUUGCCGACGGCUCCGACGUCGUCAGGCGAUGACGGGAGCGCAGCUGACGAUGACGCGCCGCCGGCCAAGAAAACCAAGCCGCUGUCGGGCUCGAGCUCGGUCAUGUCGCGGCUGGGGCCCCGGCUUGGCACUGCGCCCGCACCGGCCGGCGGAGCCAAUGCUUCGACCGCCGCCGCGCCCAAGACAAAGGCCGCUGAGGCCGCCAAGGCCGGGUCAGCGGCCGGUAACGAUGCCGACGCCGCAAAGGCUGCGGCUAAGGCCAGGUCGCAGGCCGCAGCUGCUGUCAAGGCCAAGGCUGAUGCGAUUGCCCGCGCCAAGGCUGUUGCAGCAGCCAAGGCCAAGGCUGCCGCCCGUGCCGAGGCCAAGGAGGAAGCCAAGACUACUGCCGCUGCUGCCGCCAAGGCGGAGGCGGAGGCGGCCGCCAAGGCCAAAGCGGAGGCGGAGGCGGCCGCCAAGGCCAAAGCGGAGGCGGAGGCAGCCGCCAAGGCCAAAGCGGAGGCGGAGGCAGCCGCCAAGGCCAAAGCGGAGGCGGAGGCAGCCGCCAAGGCCAAAGCGGAGGCGGAGGCGGCCGCCAAGGCCAAAGCGGAGGCGGAGGCAGCCGCCAAGGCGAAGGCCAAGGCAGACGUGGCCGCCAAGGCCAAGGCAGACGCGGCCGCCAAGGCCGGGGCUGAUGCUGAGCCUGUGGACGAUGUGCUCGCCAUGCUCGAUCAGGCGCUCAACGACUCGGACGACGACCUGUGACCGCCGGCCGAGGUCCAAAGCCAAUUGAACGAUUGCUACUAUUCCCA